AUGAAUUGGUUCAAGCAGACUUUGGCCAAUGUUGCCGGAACCCAGGAACCCAUCUAUGGCCCUAGUGCUAUUCAGCCCGUUAGCAAGCAAGCAGAAAAGACGCCUUACACCGAGUUGAAGAAAGAGGAUCUCAAAUGGAGAGCUCCUCAGUACACCUCUGUGGAGACCCAGACCUUCUACAUGAUGGCCGAUGAUGGGACUCUAGCUUGGGUGCAAGUCAUCUACAACAACAUAGCUGGUCUUCACACAACUUGCCAGUUCAACACCAAAAUCUACAAGCUCGACGGCAGUGGGCCCCAUCUCUGGUAUUCCGACACUCUUCAUAACCAUCUUUUCGACCCGGACAUGUAUUCCUUUGGAGCGGACAACCUCGCAUUGACACUCAACGAAGCAGGUGACUCCUACACCAUCAAGUCAGCCGUUAACGAGAACAGCCUUGUCAACUUGACUUUUACCCGAAAAGCCCCCGGUGUUGUGAUUGGCAACAACGGUACUUCAUAUUUUGGAACCGACCCUGCCAAACCCUGGGGUUCAAUGUCGCAUGCUUUCUGGCCUCGUUGCGCUGUGGAGGGUACCAUCACUACCAAAGAGAAGACUUAUGACUUGAAGGGUUUGGGCUUUUACGCUUUUGCGCUUCAGGGCAUGAAGCCCCACCACGCUGCCGCUCGUUGGAACUUUGUUAACUUCCAAGGCCCUUCAUACUCGGCUUGGCAGAUGGAGUUUAUUACUCCUCCAUCAUACGGCUCAACGCUCGUUAGCGUUGGAGGUGUUGUCAAAGACGACAAAAUUCUAUACGCGGGAUCGACAAACUCGGCGAAACAUUUAGAAACACACAACGAUUCUGAAAAUGACUGGCCCGAGCCCAAGAGUAUCAAAUUUACCUGGGACGGAAAGGACAAUGAACUUCACGCUGAAUUGGAGGGUCCCCUUGGCAAGAGACUUGACAGGAUAGACGUCAUGUAUGAGCUUCCUGGGUUUGUCAAGUCGUUUGUUGGUAGUGUUGCCGGAACUAAGCCAUAUAUCUACCAAUACUCUCCCCAAGACAAGCUCACUCUCAAAGUCAAGGAAGGCGAAACCGAGUUCUCAGAACAAGGCAGCAUCCUGGGCCUCCACGGCAGUCGUCGGCGUCGACUCAAUCGCGACACAAUACAGGGCAUUACCAAACCCGCUAUUCGCCGCCUCGCUCGUCGAGGUGGAAUCAAACGAAUGUCCGCAACAAUUUAUCCAGAAAUGCGGCUUGUUCUCAAGCUGCGUUUGGAAGCAAUCAUUAAAAACCUUGUUCUCGUUCUUGAGUCCUCAUCUACGCCUAGCCAUGAACGAAAGACCGUGACCACAACUGACGUCGUCUUCGUUCUCAGUCGUGUAAAUUUCAAAACCAUUCCUUCUCAUGAAGACAUUUGA